AUGCAGGAACCUCACCACCGCAAGGUCGAACUCCAGUCGACCGCGGACCUUUCCUAUCUCUACACAAACACACUUACCGUCGCCCGCGAAAAGAUCGAUCUCCAUUUCCCUCCAUCCGCCAACGAUGACUCGGACCCUAUGAAAGAGCGCGUGCGCAGUUUGUUUAUAAAUAAGACAUUCACUUCAGCCAUCCCCUCGAUAAGCAUAAAUGGAAUCGACACCACGGCAUCUUCCUCGACAAAACGAGGCGCUGCCAAUGAUGACGAACACACAAUUAACCUUGAAUCGCUACUGACAACCCGCGAAUCAAUCGAGUACGAACCAUUUGACACCGAUCUCGCAGCGAGACUUACAUCUCUCUAUGCGCAGCUAGAAUCACUCACGACAACAGUUGCGCAGAUGAGACGAGAUGCACCGCUCAAAGCAGCAAAGGCAUAUGAAGACGCGCUAAAUAAUGCAUUAAACGAUGACGAGGAUGAUGAGGAUUUUGAGAUGCAAGACUAUGAAGGUUACGACGGUAAUGGAGAUAAUGUUAAACACGAUUUAUCCGAAGAUACGGCGCAUUUGGAUGCGGAUCAACUUCAAAGACGGAACGAUGAAAGAAAGAAAGAUAUCGACCGAAUACGCAAUAUACUCCGAAAACACCCGGAGUGGCUUCUUCAAGCCCCCGCUGGAACACCACAGGAACAAGAGCGAUGGCGGGAUGGAGAAAUGAGCGAAGUCUAUGCUAGGUCAUUGGAGACUCUGUUUAGAUUACAAGGGGAAGGGAGCGGGAUUGGUUAUGAAGAUGGAGAUGAGGAAGGCAGUAGUCAUAGUGGGAGUGUUGCUCCUCUUGCCACGACCGUGGGCAAAGCUGAGAGAGCGCGGCUGGCUACUGGGGUUGUUGAGAAGAUGUAA